AUGGCUUCUUCGAUUGUUUUUGCUGCAACUCCAGCUACUGCGUUUCUCUCCUCUGUUACUCCUUGGAAGUCUCGGAGAUUUCUUGUUCGGUCUUCUCUCGACGCUGAUGUUUCCGACAUGAGUGUUAACGCUCCAAAGGGGCUAUUUCCUCCAGAGCCUGUACCAUACAAGGGACCGAAGCUGAAAGUAGCUAUCAUUGGAGCUGGACUUGCUGGCAUGUCAACUGCUGUUGAGCUUCUCGAUCAGGGUCACGAGGUGGAUAUAUAUGAUUCAAGGACCUUUAUUGGUGGCAAAGUGGGUUCUUUUGUAGAUAAACGCGGGAACCACAUUGAAAUGGGUUUACAUGUUUUCUUCGGAUGCUACAAUAAUCUCUUCCGCUUGAUGAAAAAGGUGGGAGCUGAUAAGAACCUUCUUGUCAAAGACCACACUCAUACAUUUAUUAACAAAGGCAGCGAAAUUGGAGAGCUUGAUUUUCGGUUUCCUGUUGGAGCUCCAAUUCACGGUAUCCGCGCCUUUUUAGUCACAAACCAACUCAAGCCCUAUGACAAGCUGAGGAACUCACUAGCUCUUGCAUUAAGCCCUGUCGUUAAAGCUCUCGUUAACCCUGAUGGAGCAAUGCAAGACAUUCGCAAUCUGGACAGUAUAAGUUUCUCGGAUUGGUUCCUCUCUAAAGGUGGGACAAGGGCGAGUAUCCAGAGAAUGUGGGAUCCUGUUGCUUAUGCACUCGGUUUCAUAGACUGUGAUAACAUGAGUGCAAGAUGCAUGCUUACAAUAUUCUCAUUAUUCGCCACCAAAACAGAAGCUUCUUUGUUGCGUAUGCUCAAAGGAUCCCCUGAUACUUACUUGAGUGGUCCUAUCAAACAAUACAUCACAGAUAGAGGUGGCAGAAUCCAUCUAAGGUGGGGUUGCAGAGAGAUACUUUAUGAUAAAUCAGAAGAUGGAGAAACUUAUGUCACGGGACUAGCAGUUUCUAAGGCUACGGACAAGAAGGUUGUGAAAGCUGAUGUGUAUGUUGCAGCAUGUGAUGUGCCUGGAAUCAAAAGGUUACUACCCAAAGAAUGGCGAGAAUCUCGUUUCUUCAACGAUAUAUACGAACUCGAAGGAGUACCUGUUUGUACGGUGCAGCUCAGAUACAAUGGUUGGGUCACUGAGAUGCAAGACAUUGAACUUGCCAGGCAGUUGAAACGAGCGGUUGGUUUAGAUAACCUUCUCUACACACCUGAUGCUGAUUUCUCCUGUUUUGCGGAUCUUGCUCUCGCUUCACCUGCAGAUUAUUACAUUGAAGGACAAGGCUCUCUGCUUCAGUGCGUUUUAACACCAGGAGAUCCGUACAUGAGAUUACCCAACGAUAAGAUCAUAGAGAAAGUAGCAAAGCAGGUCACUGAGCUGUUUCCAUCAUCACGGGGUCUAGAAAUCACAUGGUCAUCAGUUGUCAAAAUAGCUCAGUCUCUGUACCGUGAAGCACCAGGCAAAGAUCCAUUCAGACCUGAUCAGAAAACUCCCGUGAAAAACUUCUUCCUCGCUGGUUCAUACACAAAACAGGAUUACAUAGAUAGUAUGGAAGGAGCAACAUUGUCAGGAAGACAAGCUUCUUCAUACAUCUGUGACGCUGGUGAAGAACUAGCUAAGCUAAACAAGAAGCUUUCUUCUUCUACAGUUUCUGAUGAGCUAAGUCUCGUCUAA